CAGUGCGUUUUUUCAGUAGCGAAAACGGUUGCUAGAUGGGGGAAUUUGAGAAAAAUGAUGCGGAAUCCAGAUGCCGAUUUCGUCCUCCACGGACGACGGACACCCAUAGGCACUGACAAAGCCAAGGAGUACCUCACCAACUCCCAGCGUACAAUCAGCACACGGAACCUAUCCCAAAGUACCCUUUAUCGACAAGACAACCGUAGUUUGAGCAGUUUUGCAGAACCAAGCUUUGCCAGGAGCCUUGGAAAACCAUCCCUCCGGGAGAAAUCCUCCAGGAAGGAAGGUGGGUUGCAGGACUCAACUUCUGGGUCAGUGUUUGAUGCGGAGAGCCUGUUUGGGUCCAUGAACGGUGGGACUGCAUCGCGACUGGAACGUAGAGAACGAAGCCGGAAGCCCAGGGAUAGUGAGUUUAGCCUGGAUUUCACUGGCCUGGGAAACAGCCUCAGCAAGAGCCUCAGCAAGAGUGUCAGCUUCAGCGAGCACCUGGAACAGCACAAGAUGAACAGCCCCAAGGAAAAUAAUGACUACGACAAUGAUGAUCUCGAAGACACUUUUGAGGAGGAGCUGCAGAAGCUCAUAGAUAACGACAUCAAAGAGAAUGAACGCUACGAGCAGGACCUUGCUGGAAGGCCCAAGAGCAAGGAUGAGUCAGAGUGGUUCACCGAGCCCAUUCAUUUGACCAAGACAGCCGACUACCCGACAUUCCAGAGUCUUGGAGUAGACACAAAGCUCACGUCGCCAGUCAACCGGACAACAGGAAUGCUGGGUACUGAGCUAGCCCAGCAGAAGAUUGCUAACCAGAUGCUUCUGGACGACAUCACUCGGACUUACUUCCCGAUCACCCUGGGAGAGAUGCCUUCGAUCAUGAGGACAGUGACCCCACAGCCGCCAAACUCCAGUGGGAAGGAAUAUGCGAGAGCCCGCUCAGCAGCAGGCUUGGCCUCCAAGAGCUCGACAAACAGGACGGGUCAAGUGUCUUCAGCCACGGGAUCAAGAAGACACUUGUCCAAUGCCCGUAGUUCCCACAGUAGGACAAACUCGCACAGCAACCCUAAAUUGGAUGCCUUGUAUGAUUACAACUACCUCCGAGCAUCAAAGCCGUUUGUUGACGGAACAGUCACGACUUCCCCAUACCAGUACGAACUGGCACAACUGAAGAUGGAGAGGCUACGGCUUGAGGAGCAGCGACUACUAGAAUCCAAGCGACAGGAAGAGCUGGAACGCAUCCGAGGUCCGAAGCCAAAAUGGUACGAGAUGAAGUCGCCGCAGUUUACCUACGAGCUGCACAAGAACAACAAACUCCUCCAGAGCAAGAAAGACUGGCAGAAACUGAUGGACUAUCGAGACCAACUCACCAAGUCCUCCCAGGAUUUUGCUAAGACAGAACUUGGUGGAUAUUUGCACUGAGUACAGUCUCAAUGUACUUAUCAUUUGACCCAUCAUCAAUGAACUUGGGAGUUUUGAGGACCUGUUACGCAUCCGUCCUUUUUCAGACAGUUCAAUAGGCUGGCAAAUUUAGAGUACAGUACUCAAUACUUUUGUUUUUAACCCGUAGAUUUAUUAAAAAUCCAAUUUUAGUAUAUAUAUAUAUUAACAUGCAGCCCAGGCAGGUAGCAUUAACCCGUCUUGUUAAUUCGCACUUUUCAAUCUGAGUUUUAAUCUCUUGAAAUGAUUAAGAUGUGCAUAAUUUACUUUUAUGAAAUAUUCAGUCAUGCACUUAAAAUUACAUUGUCCUUUCUUAACAUUUGUUUUAAAAGUAGAAUUUUUGGGAUUCCAUUUUGUAUUACCUCUGUAGGCAGUAGUAAAAGUUGCCAAACGUAUGAUUUGAAUUAUUUAAUGAAGUUGAAUUUGGUGGAUCAAAAUAUGAAGUACUGUACAUUGUGACUUUCUGAAUCUCUUGUUCAUUAAAAUGCCUUUUCCCCAGGAAGUCCGUCCUU